GUCGCCAAGCGUCAGCUGCACCUCAGCUGAUCCGUGGAGCGCGCAACCCCAAACCACACGGCGUUUGAGGCUAAAACCUAGCUAGCUAGUGGGGGAGAAAUGGCUGAUACCAUAGCUGAUACAAGGAGGCUUUUCUCCAAGCCUCAGAACUUGAACGAUGCAUAUGGACCCCCAAGUAACUUUUUAGAGAUUGACGUGAGCAACCCUGAGACGGUCGGUGUCGGCAGGAAUAGGUUCACCACGUAUGAAAUCAGACUGAAGACCAACCUACCCAUCUUCAAGCUAAAAGAGUCGCGUGUGCGGAGACGGUACAGUGACUUUGAGUGGCUCAGAGGGGAGCUGGAGAGAGACAGCAAGGUGGUGGUCCCCCCUCUUCCAGGGAAGGCUUUGUUCAGACAACUGCCAUUCCGUGGAGACGAUGGGAUAUUUGAUGAUGCCUUCAUUGAGGAGCGGAGAGCUGGACUGGAGCAGUUCCUCAACAAAGUGGCUGGUCAUCCCUUGGCCCAGAACGAGCGCUGCCUACACAUGUUUCUACAGGACGAGUCUGUUGACAAGACCUAUACCCCGUCCAAAAUACGGCAAGCUUAAGAGUAAAGCCACCCAACGGCCCAGGCCAUGGGCACCUCUCAGCCAGGCCCGGACUAGCCCCGGUCCACUUCCCAAAGCUCUCUACUGCUAACAGCUCUGCUGUCAAAGAACACAAACACUUACAUGAUCUUAUUCGUUCUCCUUUGGUUUGCCAUCUUUCUUUGUCUUUUACCUGUUUUUGAUUAGUAGUCUCACAUAGUGCUCAUUUUCAACUCUCCAUUGGAUCAAAUUAAGAAAUGGUCUACAUGUAAUAACUAUGGUUGAAAAUAAUAUAUUGUUAUUUUGUUUGAAAUGCCACUAACUUUGGUAUUUUACAGUAUGUCAUCUGUAUUUAUCAGUGAGCUAUGUCUUUGAUGUUUUCAUUUUAAAGAAAUAUAUAUAUGUGUGUGUGUGUGUGUCUAUAUAUCUAUAUAUCUCUCUCUCUAUAUAUAUAUAUAUAUAUAUAUAUGUAUAGACAUAGCUAAAUAAAUCCUUGUAUGCAAACCUUAUGUUUAUUCCCCUUACAUUACGCACUGUUGUUUCUACUCAUUGUCCAAUUGGAAUGAUUGUCCUCACCAACAUAACAAUGACUUUGCACAAUUUGUGGACGUUCCCCGACUCUGAAAUGUACACUUUGUGGACAGUCCCCUACUCUGAAAUGUACACCCUGACUCUGAAAUGUACACCUUGACAGUCCCUGACUCUGAAAUGUACACCUUGACAGUCCCUGACUCUGAAAUGUACACCUUGACAGUCCCCAACUCUGAAAUGUACACCUUGUGGACGAUCCCCGACUCUGAAAUGUACACCUUGUGGACGAUCCCCGACUCUGAAAUGUACACCUUGUGGACGAUCCCCGACUCUGAAAUGUACACCUUGUGGACGAUCCCCGACUCUGAAAUGUACACCUUGUGGACGAUCCCCGACUCUGAAAUGUACACCUUGUGGACAAUCCCCGACUCUGAAAUGUACACCUUGUGGACGAUCCCCGACUCUGAAAUGUACACCUUGUGGACGAUCCCCGACUCUGAAACUCACACUGUGGACGGUCUCUGACUCUGAAAAUCGCACAUCGUAAACGUUCUAUCGCAACCACAAACUGAUGCAUGACCAUGUGUGCCACCAGCCAGCACUACCCACAUUAGUUGGACCUGAAAAGGAUUUUCUAAUUGGAAAUAAUGCACAACAGAGAGGACCCCGCCACAUUUCUACAACCGACCGUGCGUUUAUGAAAUUUCUAUACUGCUGUGCCAUUUUGUUUGUUUAGAAAAAUUUCCAAUAAAACCGGUCAAACGCA